AUGGUCUCCACUUCACGGAAAAUGCGUGUAAGCACAGCACGGCUACGACACUAUAUGAAAAUUUAUCGGCUUGCUGCUUCUCCUGAUGAGACUUGGCUCGCGGCCAGUGAUAACCUCUGCCGGGUGUGCUUGUUCAAACUAUCCGACUGCCUUUCCUCGAACGCAUCCGACGAGAGUCGGCGGCUUUCGCACUUCAUUCAGCUCCAAGAUCCGGUAUUCGCGAUGAAGACAGUAGAUCAACUACUGGUGUGUGGUGAUGCAACUGGCCGUGUUUUUGCGUACGAUUGGGCUGAAAUUGUGAAAAGAAACGAUGCUGUUCCCAAAACAGUGUUCAGUUUUGGAGUGUUUGAUGGAACACAACCUUCUGUUGCUGGUCCCCAUGAAGUCAAUGGUUUGUUGUAUUGCCCGGAGAAGGAACGCCUUUAUGUUGGUGGUGCUGCAGAUAAUGCUGUUAGGGAGUAUGAUAUUAACGUUCCCAAUAAGCCAAUUCGACUUUUUAUGGGUCAUCAUGGGGCCGUCUGCGAACUCGGAUCUGCUUCUCGGGAGCAGCUUCUGAGUGCUUCAGCGGAUGGAAGUGUUCGUGUCUGGGAUAUACGGAAGAAAAUGGGAAGUCACGUGAUUAAAGUAGCCGAUGAAGCUAAGGUAUCGCGACCGGAAUUUGGGAAAUGCAUCUCCGCCCUGUCCGUGGACAACAAAUUCAUGGUAUGCGGCGGUGGGGUGAACUUAGGGAUCUGGCAUCUGGGCAUGUACUCUCUCGCUGCACCAAUGGAAGCGGCUAAUGUUCGUCAUCUUACAUGUGAAAUGACAACGGACAAAAUCCUUACGGGCAGUAUGCACCCCGUUCUUUCGCAAUGGGACCACGCCGGAAAGAAGCUGUCGGAUGUGCGAGGAAAACCGCAAUCCAUAUAUAGCAUACUGCAGACAAACGCCGUCUCGUUUACGGCCGGAGAUUCAAGUCUCAUCGAUGUGUAUCUCAAUCUUGGUUACGUUGCGUUUUCGUUGGAUGCGUUGCCUUUGGAAUGA